GCUGAGGGAGGGAGGCAGGCUCUUCCUGUAUCAUGGCGUCAAGGUAUACACCUUGAGAGAGUUCCUGAGAGACGCCGGCCAAAUAGACCUACUUUUUCUGUAAUUUCUGCUGGCCGUGACCUGGAUUCUAAUGAUCGUGGGGGAUGCACAAGCCAUGCAGUCGUGAUGUUGUGGGACAGAAGAUGGGAAUGGAAUGGAAUCAGGAGACCGUGACCUUUGAGGAUGUAGCUGUGAACUUUACCAAGGCAGAAUGGGCUUUGCUGAAUCCACCCCAAAAGAAGCUCUACAGAGAUGUGAUGUGGGAAAUCUGUAUGCAUAUGGCUGCUAUAGAAAGAACUUGUGGUAACCAGCAAAUGGAAGAACAGCACAAAACAUGUUCAAGAACACUAAGAAAUGAUGCAGACAAGUGUUUGAGAUUUGAAGAGAUGCUCUAUAAAUGUAGUGAAUAUGGAAAAAACUGGAGUGAUUUCCAGUCCUUUCAGAAACAUGAAAUGAGAAAGACUGGAGAGAAACAAUGUCAGUCUGAGCAAUGUGGGAAAGCCUACUCUGAUCUUAGUGAACAAACUCAUCCUGGGGAGAAAAUAUUUCUAGGUAAGAAAAAUGUGAAAGCCUCCAGCACACCCAGUUGUGUUCCAAUCCAGGAAAGAAAUCAUGGUGUAAGGAGUUCAUGUGAGUAUAAACAAUGUGAAAAACCUUUUGUGUCUUCAUACUGUAUUCAAGUAAAUGAAAGAAUACAUGCUGGAGAGAAGCCCUAUGUAAUUAAGGAUUGUGUGAAACCAUUAUCUCAUACUCAUUUCUUUCAAAAACAUAAAAUAAUUUACACUGGGCAGAAACUUUAUGUAUGUAAGCAGUGUGGAAAAGCAUUCACUACAUGGGCUUGUUAUGAAAUGCAUGUAGAAAAUCAUGCUAGAGAUAAAACUUAUGUAUGUAAACAAUGUAGGAAAGCAUUCAGCACAUACAGUCAUUGUCGUACACAUGAAAGAACUCAUACGAGGGAGAAACCUUUUGUAUGUAAGCAAUGUGGAAAAGCAUUCAGUACACACAGGUACUUGAAAUGUCAUGAAAGAAUUCACACUGGGGAGAAACCCCAUGUAUGUAACCAUUGUGGGAAAUCUUUCACUCGAAGGAGUAAUUGUCGAAGACAUGAAAGAAUUCACACUGGGGUGAAACCCUAUGUGUGCAAGCAUUGUGGGAAAUCUUUCAGUGAAAAGAGAGACUGUCUAGGACAUGAAAGCCUUCACACUGGGGAGAAACUUUAUGUAUGUAACCAUUGUGGGAAAUCUUUCACCCAAAAGAGUAGUUGUAAAAGACAUGAAAGAAUUCACACUGGGGAGAAACCCUAUUUAUGUAUGUAUUGUGGGAAACCUUUCAAAGAAAAAUUUGCUUGUUGUGUACAUGAAAGAACUCACACUGGGGAGAAACCCUAUGUAUGUAAGCAUUGUGGGAAAUCUUUCAAAGAAAAGAGAAAUUGUCAAAUGCAUGAAAAAAAUUCGCACUAGAGACAAACCCUAUAUAUAUAAUCAUUGUGGGAAAUCUUUCACCGGAAGGAGAUAAUGUCUAAGACAUGAAAUAAUUCACACUGGGGAGAAACCCUAUUUAUGUAUGCAUUGUGGAAAACCUUUCAACCAAAAGUUUGAUUGUCAUAUACAUGAAAGAAUUCACAGUGGGGAGAAACCUUAUGUAUGCAAGCUUUGUGGAAAAUCUUUCACAGGAAGGAGUGCUUUUCAUAUACAUGAAAGAAUUUAUACUGGGGAGAAACCCUUUGUAUGUAAGCAUUGUGGGAAAUCUUUCACCCGAAACAGUGCUUAUCAAAGACAUGAAAGAAUUAACACUGGGGAGAAACCCUAUAUAUGUAAUCAUUGUGGGAACUCUUUCAAUAAAAAGAGAGUGUGUAAUACAUGAAAGGAUUCACACUGGGGAGAAACCCUAUGUAUGUAAACAUUGUGGGAAAUCUUUCUACCAAAAGAGAUAUUGUCAAAUACAUGAAAGAAUUCACAUUAAGAAGAAAUCCUAUCUAUGUAUGUAAGCAUUGUGGCAAAUCUUUCAACAGAAAGAGUGAUUGUCAAAUACAUGAAAGAAUUCACACCGGGGAGAACCCCUAUGUAUGUAAGCAUUGUGGAAAAUCUUUCAACCAAAAGAAUAUUUGUCAUAUACAUGAAAGAAUUCACACUGGGGAGAAACUUUAUAUAUGUAAGCACUGUAGGAAAAUUUUCAACCUAAAGAGUGAAUAUAAAAUACAUGAAAAAAUUCCCAUUGGGGAGAAACUCUAUGUAUGUAAGCAUUGUGGGAAAUCUUUCAAACAAAAGAGAGAUUAUCUAAUACAUGAAAGAAUUCACACAGGUGAGAAAUCUUUUGUGUGUAAGCAUUGUGGGAAAGCAUUCAGCACAUUCAGUCACUGUCAAACACUUGAAAGCAUUCACUCCAUGGGUACUCUAUGUAUGUAAAUGAUGUGGGAUAACAUACCCUACACAAAAAUAUUUUCAAAUACAUGAAUGAAGUCAUAAUGAUGAGAAACUCUGUGUAUCAGUAAUGUGGGAAAUCUUCAGCUAAUGGAGUUCUGGUCAAACACAUGUAGAAAUUCACACUGGGGAGAAACCCCAUGUAUGUAAGUAAUGUGGGAAAGCACUCAGUACGCUAAAGUUCCAUCAAAUAUAUGAAAGAAGGCACACUUUGGCAAACUGUGUAUGUAGGCAGAGUGGGAAAAGAUUUGAGGCAAUCUCUUCAUUCUGUAGACAAAAAAUUCUCACUAGGAAGUAACUGUAAGAAAUGUGUAAAAACGUUUAUCUGAUCCAGUGCUAAACAUAUGAACAAGGUGCUACUGGAGAAAAAGCCUAUGUAAGCAAAGUAGGAAAGCAUUCAGCUUAUACAGGUAUUAAAUAUAUGAAAGAAGUCACAUGGGGGAGAAACCUGUGAAUUCUGUGAAAAUUACUCAUGUAAUAGAGACCUGUAGAAAUAAUAUGAAAAUUUGGUAUCAGUAUUUCUUCCUUGAUUUUCUGGAAAAUAUAUUCUCAGAUGGAAAUGUCCUAAAACAUAUUUAUUCUGGGUUUUACAGUAAAUUACUUGUAAAUAUCUGAUGUAUCUCUGGUCUUAGGUAUGAAAAACAAUGAAUUGACAUAAUUGUUUAUUUUUGUGUAUGUCAGUGUCUCUGAACUUAACAUGUGGUGUCUCCUAAUUAAAAAGGUGAAUUGAAGUGUAGUUUUCACUUAAAAAUAGGGUGGGUAUUUGUUUAGAAUGUAUUUUAUUUUGCUUUUACAAAUUGGAGGAAUAGACCAGUAAAAAGUAAAGUUUGAUAAUUCCUUUUAAUGUUGGAAUUUCCCAGUAGCUUUGAUUUGAAUUUUGUUGGUAUAUAUACUCCAUAUUCUGUGCAAGAAGAUAAUUUUUUGUUUGAUGUUAUUUUAUAUUUGGUGGAGAGAGAGGCUUAUGAAUGUGUUUUUGAGAAAACCCAAUUGUUUUCAUACAAUGUGUAUAAGAGCAAUAUUGUGUUUUUCAUAUUUUGACAAAACAUCUGCAUGUAUCCCAACAUAAUUGUAUAUUAUAUUAAGUACAUAAUUUUGCCUAGUUGCUUUUAUGUUGGAGUUAAUAUAGCUUUGGAUAAAAUUUUGUUUUCUUUCCAUGAACAUUUUACAAUAAUGCCUAUGUUAUGAUGACUUUUAGCUGAUUUGGUAAUUUUUCCAUCACCUUUAUUUGAAUCUAAACCAUACUGCUGUGAGUAUCUGCCACAGGUCAGUAAGAACAUAACUUCUUGGCAAAUGUACCUGAAUUGUAGUAAUAAAUCUCCAAAAAUUAUAAAUGAUGGAAAGAUUUAUCAGUAACAUUAUCAACAGGAUUUUGGUUCACAGUGAAGUUAUUUUAGGAAGAAUAAUUAUUGACUGUGAUGAAGCAAAUCCCUUUAUUCUAAUCCUUGAUGCUGGGAUUGAUAUUCUCUUUCCUAAUCAAUAUUGCUUUAACUAAGAAGAUGAAAUAAAGCCAUGAAGGAAAAGAAACAUUCAGUGUAAUAAAAAGAGGAAAUUUA